AUGAACAUUUUUCCUCUUGUUGUUUGUCCUUUGGUUGUGGUGGAUCCACCAACUACCACAUCCUCGUCCGACUUCCACAGCGGGAGUUCAACAGCUCCGGUGUUUGCUACUAAAGGAACGAUCGGUCCGACUUCUAGCCCGAUCGGUCCCGACACUAACACAACAACUUCUGCAACAGUUAGACCGAUCGCUCCGAACGCCAGACCGAGGGAUCCUCCACCAAGACCGAUCAAUCUUCCACCAAGACCGGUCGAUCCUACAUCUCUGCCUGUUGUUGCUAACCCUCUUGUGUCUUCAGUACCGGUUGAGCCAUUGGGUAAGGGUUUUCGAGCCAAGAAGAAGUCGACUUUUAAAGUGUUUCUUGCCAAUGUUACUGCUUUCACGAAACCUCAUUCUUUCAAAGAUGAGAUGGAAUUUGAUGUCUGGCGCAAAGCAAUGGGGUUCGAAAUCACAGCCUUAGAGGAUAAUGAUUCAUGA